AGCCAGCGGAAGAGCUCCUGUACUCCUCUUUGUCUAGUGGACUGCGGUGCUUAGCAUCGACCACUCUCCUCUCAACUCUCUUUUUAACCGACUUCAAAUAAAAGAGGAGUCUUUUUAAACUUUUUAUUUGUACGUUUUUCGAUUAACUUUAUCCUUCUUGUGAUAAAAUAAAAUGUUUUCCCCGAAAGAGUGCCCCAGUUCGUUCCCUGGUAAAAUCGAUGAAAUACCGGGUAUUUGUGUUGAUAAUUUUGAAAAGGCCGCGAGAGCAUAUUUUCUGAGCCACUACCAUGAAGAUCAUAUAGUGGGAAUAGACGCUGACCUGUUACGGAUAGUAUUAAAAAAGGCAAAAGCUAAAAUUUAUGCUAGUAAGGUGACGGCAAUCAUCCUUCGUGUGAAACAUCUGGGGCUAAACCAAUAUGUAGAAGGCCUUGAAACAGGGCCGACCUCAAUAACUUUACCGGCCACUGAAGAAUUGCCAGAAAAUUCUUUAACAGUAACUCUGAUACCCGCCGACCAUUGUACAGGGUCCACCAUGUUCCUCUUCACAACAGCUGAAAAGAAAAAUAUACUUUUCACUGGAGACUUCAGGAUUGAUUGCGAUGGUCUACCCGAAUGCACUCCCUUGCAUGAAAAUGGCGCACCCAUAAAACUGGAUACUUUAUAUAUAGAUACAACGUUUAUUGCACCCGAUUACGAACAUCUUCCGAAACGUAGCGAGUCUGUUCGAGUAUCGAUCGCUAAAAUUAGAGAAUGGUUAGAUCUUGAUAGUAACAAUGAAGUCGCUAUUUGUACUCCUGCAAAAUAUAGCUAUGAUAUUCUUUUCGAUGAAAUAUAUGAACAGUUGGGGUGCAAGGUGUUUGUGAGUCGAAACAGAUGGAAUGUGUACCGUGAGAUACAAGACAUAGUAAAAGGUGUGACGAAUUGCAAAACGGAAACAAGAAUUCACUUAUGCAAUGUUAUGAAGGAUGAGCAAGAUAAAGAAAACUUAGAAUUAAUUUCCCAUAAUAUUUGUGGUAUAGGAGACGAUGAGAAAAAGUAUUUAUACGUCAAUCUGACAGCUAUGAAAUGGAGAAAUAGUGACUCUUGGGUGUCCUCAGAUAACGAUGGUAUCCUGAGCGUCUGUUUUGCUACACAUUGCAGCAGAAGGGAAAUAUACAAUUUUGUUGAUCACUUAUCAUCCGAUAGAAUUGUUGGGUUCCCGAACAAGUUUAUUACACGUACGAGUGCAGGGCCGAGCAUGUUAAUGACAGAAAAUUAAAU